GUUUCAAUAAGUGGCGUUUUUGAAAAUUUAGAUAAAGAUGUGGGUCUCUCUUUAAAGAAGUAAACAAAGCCAACUUGCAUGAGGGAUGAUGAGUAUAUAGAGUUGAAAGAAGGUGCAAGUUUUAAGUUAUAAUUAAUUUAUAAAGGUGUGCAGCUUUUUAAGUUGAGAGUGGAAUUCUUCACUGUGUUUGUAAGAGAGAGAUCACAAGAGAGUUAGAUGGAGAGCAAGUUCGACGCGAUAGUCAUAGGUGCCGGAAUCAUGGGUAGCUGCACGGCGUAUCAACUCGCAAAGCGUGGCAAAAAGGUAUUACUUCUUGAACAGUUUGAUUUCUUACACCACCGUGGAUCAUCUCAUGGCGAAUCUCGUACUAUACGUUGCACAUACCCUGAGGAUUAUUACUCAGAAAUGGUGUUGGAGUCAUCAAAGUUAUGGGAAGAAGCCGAAGCCGAAAUUGGGUACCGGGUUUACUUCAAGACCCGUCAUUUAGAUGUGGGUGUGCCUAGUGACAAGAGUCUGCAAGCUGUUAUCGCGAGCUGCCAGUCGAAUUCGAUUCCUCAUCGGGUUCUUAAUAGGGAGCAAGUCAUUCAAGAAUUUUCAGGUGUGUUCGAAAUACCCGAGAAUUGGAUCGGGUUGGCUACCGAUCUGGGAGGUGUACUCAAGCCAACAAAAGCAGUUUCCAUGUUCCAAACUCUGGCUAUGAAAAACGGAGCUGUGCUCAAGGAUUAUAUGGAAGUGCAUGAAAUCAAGAGAGAUAAUGAAAGAGGAGGAAUCAGAGUUUGUACAAAAAAUGGCUCUAAGUUUUGGGGUGAAAAAUGUGUUGUGACAGUUGGGGCUUGGAUGAGUAAGUUAGUUAAAACGGUUAGCACCCGGGUUUUACCCAUAAAACCAUUACAUACAAGCAUUUGUUAUUGGAGGAUUAAAGAUGGUUACCAAGACAAUUUUUCUUUACAGAAAGGGUUCCCUUCAUUUUCCAGUUAUGGGGAGCCCUAUAUAUAUGGCACCCCAUCGCUAGAGUUCCCAGGACUGCUAAAGAUUGCGGUUCACGGCGGGUAUCCUUGUGACCCAGAUAAGAGGACAUGGGCACCUGCAUUGUUAGGGAAUGAGGUAACUUCAUGGAUCAAAGAGAAGUUGGCCGGUCGGAUCGAGUCUUCCGAACCAGUUCUAACACAAUCGUGCAUGUAUUCCAUGACUCCAGAUGGUGAUUUCGUGAUUGAUUUUUUGGGUGGGGAGGAGUUUGGGAAGGAUGUGGUUAUUGCAGGUGGGUUUUCGGGUCAUGGGUUUAAGAUGGGUCCAGCAAUUGGUCGGAUCUUGGCUGAAAUGGUUAUGAAUGGGGAAGCAAAAGGUGUAGAGUUGAAGUACUUUAGGUUGGAUAGAUUUGAUGAGAACCCAAGAGGGAAUGUAAAAGAUUAUGAAGACCAAGUCAACUCAGUCAAAUCUAAGUUAUAAUUCAGUCGUCAGGUGGGGUCAAAUAAGUGUAAGUGCAAUUUCCCGUAUGUAUGUGAUUAGACAAUUGAAUUGUUCAUUCCUAAGGAUGUUGCUUGUUUGAAACAGUAGUGAAUCAUGGACUUCUCUUCUAGUUUGUCUUUCAUUUGUUUUUGAAUCACCGUUGAACUGUACGCUUUUUAAAACUGUUAUCACACUUCCAUUCGUUUUGGAUUA